CCGCACAGACCGGCCACACCUGCCACAAAUUAAAACUGCGGCAUCCCGACAGUAUGGAGAUAAAAACCUCGUUAAACUUUACCCUGAAUGCCACAAUUACGCAUCCUUCCCGGCAACAGAGCAGAUCCAGCUGCUUGACCGCGUUAACGGAAAGCUCUCUGAAGAUGGGAUCCCAGCAAUUACUGCAAAAGUUCUCCGGUGGCGCAUGUCAAGCCUAGUCCGAGAACUGCGAAGGAGACAACCAGCAAAACAAACGAGAUCUGCAGGUGGCCGCACGGAUAAUGCUCCAAAGAGGACAUUCGACCCGGUGAGGGACAUAUAGUGCAUGGGCAUGGUUAUAGUGGCGCUUGAUGAGACGGGUUGCUUCUCUUCCGUUUUUCCGUGGAUAUUGUACGGGGUUGGGUACUCUUAGAUGCCCCCGAUGCUGGCACGCUCCCCUUGUUUCCCAUUUCUUUCCAUUCGGCGCAGCUAGAGAAUACCACGAAAAAACCCCCGAAAUGUUGAUUAAAUGCUCAACAACGAGAAGUGCUCCAGAUCUCAAUCUGGAAUCAGUGUUGAGCGAGUGUGCAUCCAGGAUGCACUUACGCCUAGAGCACCAUGAGUUCGGAGGCCUCUCUCUGACCACCCUGCGACGGCUCAAUCAUGAAAAGGUGCUUAUGGUCCUGGGCAUUCUUCGAGAAGAGGUUCAGAAGGUUGCCAUCGCUGCCCACGGGGCCGGAAAAGCCGCAUUUGAGCUACUUGCCGAAUCCAACAACGAGAUUAUUGGUGAUAACGAUGUGGAGGGGCAAGGCAUGGACCAACAAGAUGUGGG